AUGCAUAUGCUGAAAACUUCCAUUCAGAAUUAUUUAACAGCAAAUGUAAAACAAGAUGAUCGUGCAUUUUGUCUCAAUAAUGAAUGCAAUGGUUUAAUUCAAUGUAAGUGUAACUAUCAAGCUUGUUUAAUCUGUGGUCGACAUGUCGAUCCUAAAGAUCAAGUUAUUGAUGAUGAAUUUCAUGUAGGACGAACUUGUAUUCAACAAAUUGAAGAACAAAAAUGUCGAGAAUUCUUACCUUAA